CCGCCCUCCAGCCGACGCUCACAGGGUCCUUGGCCACAGUAAAGAGGAGGUCUCCUUCGCGGUUAUACUUAAUCUGCGUAAUGGACCGCUCAUGGCCCUGCAGUAGGAUCGGCUUCUGUGGGGACAAGAUGGUAACGUCAGUGCUCGGAAUUGGGCCCCGACCUCAGCCCAGGACCCCCACUGCAAUACCCAUAACUCUGAAACUCACCAUCCCGGCGGUGACGCGAGGAAGGCCGCAACGUGAGUAGGACCGGAAAACGCUUUGGGCCCACUUCCGGAUUAUGGGUCUCCGCCCCCUCGUUCCCGGAAGUAGAAGACAGCGGCGUUGCCAUGGCGGCGUCUCUGGGGCAGGUGCUGGCUCUGGUGCUGGUGGCCGCCCUGUGGGGAAGCACGCAGCCACUGCUGAAGCGGGCCUCCGCCGGCCUGCAGCGGGUUCAUGAGCCGACCUGGGCCCGGCAGUUGCUACAGGAGAUGAAGACUCUGUUCUUGAAUACUGAGUACCUGAUGCCCUUUCUCCUCAACCAGUGUGGCUCCCUCCUCUAUUACCUCACCUUGGCAUCGACAGAUCUGACCCUAGCUGUGCCCAUCUGUAACUCUCUGGCCAUCAUCUUCACACUGAUUGUUGGCAAGGCCCUUGGAGAAGAUAUUGGUGGAAAACGAGCAGUUGCUGGCAUGGUGCUCACUGUGAUAGGAAUUUCACUCUGCAUCACAAGCUCAGUUCCAUGGACUGCAGAACCCCAGCUGCAUGGAAAGGGCCAGCUGCAGACUUUGAGCCAGAAAUGCAAACGGGAGGCCUCCAGGGCUCAGUCAGAGCGCCUUGGCUGAAUGAGGAGUGGAACCGAGGGGAAGAAGGUACAUCGGAGUGGCAGAUGCAGGAGAUGAGCUGUCUAUUAGCCUUGCCUGCCUCACCCAUGAGGUGGGCAGAAAUCCUCACUGCCAGCCCCUCUUAAACAGGUAGACAGCUGUGAGCCCCAGCCCCACCUGACUCCAGCACCCAGCACACCUGGCGAGUAGUAGCUGUCAAUAAAUCUGUGGUAAACAGA